AAAUGUACGGAUGUGUGCGUGUAUGUCAUGUCACAGUUUAUUUUACACACUGGCUGGAUUGAAUUGACAUCGUAUCGAGAAAAAAUCAUUAAUUAAAUAUUCAGUGAACAUGUUCUUACAGCUCUGCCUGACGAUUCUGUUAAUUUCAUCAAUUUCAGGAUCAUCUUUAGAGUACGAUGGUUGGCUUCACAUAAACUUGUACCACGCAAUCGACAAAGACCUGCCCGACAAAUUUACGCCUCGCGGUAACAUAACUAUUUCUAGUCUGAACUCGGGUUCGUUUACAAUGGUUCAAGAACCAUUGUCGAAUAACGAACGCCUGAAAAUUAAGAAAUUGGCAGAAAGUGACAGCAUGUACCGAUUAAAAGCAGUCGUGUCAGGUCAGAACGGUGAGGAGUACAAUUUUUUGACGUACUCACGAGCUUGUGCAUUAGCUGCUUCUCAAUUGAAAGAUGUCCUAUGGGUAUCACUCAACCAUGUCGGCCAUGUACUCGGUGUAAGCCAAACGAUAUACGGCACUGGCAAUUGUCGCGAUCAAAGCCACUUCCAACAAGUUGAUGCCCUGGAAGAAUUCAAUACAGACGUAGUGGUCAAGCAUACCGAAUUGGCACCAAUCCCGGACACAGCAAGUUUCAUUCAGAAAAUGGAAAGAGAAAGAGAAGCCAGAGAACGGGGCGAUGUGAAAGACAAUCGAGGUUUCUUAGCCAAAUAUUGGAUGUAUCUUCUUCCAGUCGUCGUGUUAGUCUUGCUUUCAGGUGCAUCGAAUCCUGAAGGAGGCGCGGCAAGGUAGGGAUUCUGCUGAUUUUGUGAAUUUAUUUAUUGAAAUAAACCACCGUGAUGUCGUUUGAGUCACUAAAUUUA